GGGGAGCGCGAGGCCACCAUGAGGGUCCCCGAGAAGUACUCGACGCUCCCGGCGGAGGACCGCAGCGUCCACAUCGUGAACAUCUGCGCCAUCGAGGACCUGGGCUACCUGCCGUCCGAGGGCACGUUGCUCAACUCUCUGUCCGUGGACCCUGACGCCGAAUGCAAGUAUGGCCUGUACUUCAGGGAUGGCAAACGCAAGGUGGACUACAUCUUGGUGUAUCAUCACAAGAGAGCCUCGGGUAGCAGGACUCUGGCCAGGAGGGGACUACAAAAUGACAUGGUCCUGGGGACCCGCAGCAUCAGGCAGGACCAGCCCCUUCCCGGGAAGGGAAGCCCUGUGGAUGUGGGCUCACCAGAAACCCCCAUGGAUUACCACGAAGAUGACAAGCGCUUCAGACGGGAGGAGUACGAGGGCAACCUGUUAGAGGCAGGCCUGGAGCUGGAGCAUGACGAGGAUACCAAAAUCCAUGGUGUCGGGUUUGUGAAGAUCCAUGCACCCUGGCAUGUGCUCUGCAGGGAGGCUGAGUUUUUGAAACUGAAGAUGCCCACAAAGAAGGUGUACCACAUCAGUGAGACCCGAGGCCUCCUGAAAACCAUCAACUCAGUUCUGCAGAAGAUCACAGACCCCAUCCAGCCCAAGGUGGCUGAGCACAGACCACAGACCACAAAGAGGCUCUCCUACCCAUUCUCCAGGGAGAAACAGCACCUAUUUGACCUGACUGACAGGGACUCUUUUUUCGACAGCAAAACCCGGAGCACAAUAGUCUAUGAAAUCCUGAAGAGAACAACGUGCACCAAGGCCAAGUACAGCAUGGGUAAGGGCUCUGUGUGGACUUCAGGGCAAGGAGAGGGAAGAAGGAAGGACUCUGCCCUUCUAAGUAAACGGCGGAAGUGUGGGAAAUACGGUAUCACCAGCCUCCUGGCCAAUGGCGUAUACUCAGCUGCAUACCCUCUGCACGACGGGGACUAUGAGGGUGACAACGUUGAGUUCAACGACAGGAAACUCCUGUAUGAAGAAUGGGCAAGCUACGGAGUCUUCUACAAAUACCAGCCCAUUGACCUGGUCAGGAAAUACUUUGGGGAGAAGGUUGGCCUGUACUUUGCCUGGCUUGGAGCCUACACCCAGAUGCUCAUCCCCGCCUCAAUCGUGGGUGUCAUUGUUUUUCUCUACGGAUGUGCCACUGUGGACGAAAACAUCCCCAGCAUGGAGAUGUGUGAUCAGAGACACAACAUCACCAUGUGUCCUCUGUGUGACAAGACCUGCAGCUACUGGAAGAUGAGCUCAGCCUGUGCCACAGCCCGUGCCAGUCACCUCUUUGACAACCCUGCCACUGUCUUCUUCUCUGUGUUUAUGGCCCUCUGGGCUGCCACCUUCAUGGAACACUGGAAACGGAAGCAGAUGAGACUCAACUACCGCUGGGAUCUGACAGGCUUCGAAGAGGAGGAGGAAGCUGUCAAGGAUCAUCCCAGAGCAGAGUACGAAGCCAGAGUCUUAGAGAAGUCACUGAAAAAAGAAUCCAGAAACAAAGAGACUGACAAGGUGAAGCUGACCUGGAGGGACCGAUUCCCAGCCUAUUUCACCAAUCUUGUCUCCAUCAUCUUCAUGAUCGCAGUGACAUUUGCAAUCGUCCUCGGAGUUAUCAUCUAUAGAAUCUCCACAGCUGCAGCCUUGGCCAUGAACUCCUCCCCAUCUGUGCGGUCCAACAUCCGGGUUACAGUCACGGCCACCGCUGUCAUCAUCAACCUUGUGGUCAUCAUUCUGCUGGAUGAAGUUUACGGCUGCAUUGCCAGGUGGCUCACCAAGAUUGAGGUCCCAAAGACAGAGAAGAGCUUUGAGGAGAGGCUGACCUUCAAGGCCUUCCUGCUCAAGUUUGUGAACUCUUACACUCCAAUCUUCUAUGUCGCCUUCUUCAAAGGCCGGUUCGUUGGUCGGCCAGGUGACUACGUGUAUAUCUUCCGCUCUUUCCGGAUGGAGGAGUGUGCCCCGGGGGGCUGCCUCAUGGAGCUCUGCAUCCAGCUGAGCAUCAUCAUGCUGGGCAAGCAGCUGAUCCAGAACAAUCUCUUCGAGAUUGGCAUCCCGAAGAUGAAAAAGUUCAUCCGCUACCUGAAGCUGCGCAGGCAGAGCCCCUCGGACCGCGAGGAGUACGUGAAGCGGAAGCAGCGCUAUGAGGUGGACUUCAACCUUGAACCCUUCGCUGGCCUAACGCCUGAGUACAUGGAAAUGAUCAUUCAGUUCGGCUUUGUCACUCUGUUCGUUGCAUCCUUCCCUCUGGCUCCACUCUUCGCCCUGCUAAACAACAUCAUUGAGAUCCGCCUGGAUGCCAAAAAGUUUGUCACCGAGCUACGGAGGCCAGUAGCCAUCAGAGCCAAAGACAUCGGCAUCUGGUAUAACAUUCUCAGAGGUGUCGGGAAGCUGGCUGUCAUCAUUAAUGCCUUUGUGAUCUCCUUCACGUCUGACUUCAUCCCUCGCCUAGUGUACCUCUACAUGUACAGUCAGAACGGGACCAUGCAUGGCUUCGUCAACCACACGCUCUCCUCCUUCAAUGUCAGCGACUUCCAGAAUGGCACAGCACCCAAUGACCCCCUGGACCUGGGCUAUGAGGUUCAGAUCUGCAGGUAUAAAGAUUACCGGGAGCCGCCAUGGUCAGAACACAAGUAUGACAUUUCCAAAGACUUCUGGGCUGUCCUGGCCGCCCGGCUGGCGUUUGUCAUUGUCUUCCAGAACCUGGUGAUGUUCAUGAGUGACUUUGUGGACUGGGUGAUCCCUGAUAUUCCCAAAGACAUCAGCCAGCAGAUCCACAAGGAGAAGGUUCUCAUGGUGGAGUUGUUCAUGCGUGAGGAGCAGGGCAAGCAGCAGCUACUGGACACAUGGAUGGAGAAGGAGAAGCCAAGGGAUGUGCCUUGUAACAACCAUAGUCCCACAGCCUGCCCAGAGGCCGGUGACAGCAGCCCGGUCCCCAGCUACGAGUACCACGGGGGCGCGCUGUAGCCAUGAUAGCAGGCCAGCAGGCUUCUGACCAUCACCAAGUGACCACUCGGUUUCCUCCAGAGCCAGCACCUUUAGCCCCACCAGGGCCUGUGGCUCUUGAGUCGUCUGGAUGUGUGGAGGGCCACUCUGAUGCAACAACGGUCUUCUUUCUUCUUUCUGUUUCUUCUCAUUUUUGCACAAGGCCAUUAUGCAGGGAAGUUUUUAUCUUUAGUAUUCAAUGCCAAGGAUGGCUGGUGACAGGGACAUACAGGGUGAGGCAUGUUCCACAGACCUAUAGGGGAACAUACAGCCCCCUCCCCACAGUGGUAAGGAACCAAGGUCCAGAGACAGCAUCCUUAGUCUGAAGGAUACCCUGGGAUAGGUACAGAUGUCCAGGAACUUGCUGUCAUUUUGCAGAAAGAUGAACAACUCUGACACAGAUUCCCAAAGAUGUCAACUGCUGUAGUUGGACAAGCUGGAAGACUCCACUGUCUUUCCUUCUGGGAGCUCAGAAGUUCAGACCCAGGGUCAGAAACAGGUGCCUGGCCACCCACAUAGCACACACACAUGGUGGCUUCACAUUGUGCUCCAAUAACAGAGGAAUACAGGGACCCCCAGUUGACUAGCGUCCUCGGCGUCCCUGGCAGGUUCCACACCAGCCACUCAAGGGCCCCUCACAUGAAGCUGAUGUCCUUGUGAGACAAGCUGUGGUGACAACAGGCUGGAGGGCUUCACCAAGCCCCGGGACUUCAUUGUCUUUGCUUUUUUAGACCAUCUAUCGGUUUGUCUAAAAAUCGAUAAUGCGAUGGAUUUGAGGGAUUUUCUUUCUGUAGCUCAAGGUGGAAGGAGUUUAUUUCAUUAGUUAACCAAAUACUGAGAGGAAAUGAAAAUAUCAUUACUACCAAAGAUUUUUCUCAAUAAAAGCUUCUAUUUUGGUAACACACCUAUAUUUUCACUCACGGGAAUAUGAGAUCCUCAGCACUUACCAUUGUAAUAACUUCUAAUGCGAGCCUCAUGGGUCAGCUCGAUGUGCUAGCCAGCUGUGCAAGGCCUCCAGCACCAUUGCCAGAAGUGUCCGGCCCAAGCUGGAAAAGGCAACUCCCUACACUCGUCUUAGGGCAAGGCACAGUCCUGUGGUCGGCAGUUGGGGUCCGAGUCUUGGGCUUCAGAGGUUUUCUCUGUUUGCUAAAAUCGUGAGACUUGAUGCUUCUAUUUUCUCUUGUGCAGUGAUGUGGUUUCCGAUGAUGUUUUGUAUAUAGCUACUGUAUCCAAAAUUAGAUAAUUCCAAAAAUUCUUUUACAGAAACCAUUUUUUAAAAAAAAUAAAACAAAACCGAAUGUAUACACACCCACAGGAGACUGUGGCUGAGCGUUCAUCAAAAUAAAUUUGAAUACACAA